AUAUUUCUCUGGCGUUGUACAAAGCCACAUUUCGUUCUUCAAUUAUGGCUGAGAAGGAGUUGUAUUUCCGGCCUUCCGCCUCAUCUUCGAUCUCCUUUUUCUUAUACGGGACGAAACGACCUGUAGAAAGAAAAGGUAAUUCUUCAAUAUAAGUGGAAGAAUACAGGCACAGAAAACAGAGAGGCCGACAGAGAGGGAGACCUUCUCUUCAUUCUCGUGUUGUUUGGGUGGUCGUGAUCUCUUCUUUGAGGCGGUGGAGUCAUAUGCAAAGAGCGACUGCUGAUGCUGAUGUCUGCUUCUCUCUGCCAUUGAUGGGGGUUCGGUUGCAUGAAAGAAAGGAGUUAAUACUUAAUACACUCGACUGGAAAAAGAUUCAGACUUCAGAGACAGACAGAUUACUGAAUUAACAUUGGGUCCACUACCCUUACCAAGUACCAGGAAUUAGUCUAUUGCAAGGCUACUGGAAGACUGCGGGAGCUGAGCUGCUUGGACACAAGCAACUUUGGAAGAAAAGCUUAGUUAUAAGGAAGCAUUUUUCUUACUGUACAAGUCUUAUAUGUUGUAGUUACAAGGAAGCACUCUGAUUACCUCCCCUUGAAUGGCAACAGACAAGUGCGUAAGUCUUAUACAUUGUACUAACAAGAAUUAGAGAACAUUUAGGAAUGCCAAUGCCAGUGGAUCGGGUCUGGUUAGGGACAAGGUGGACCAGUUCCGAGCUGAUUAUUAAUUGGUUCUAUAAAGUAGUUCCAGAGCCAAACCAAUUAUUAAUUAGCAUAAUUGGGUUUGCUUGACAAUUGACAUCUAUAAUUACAUAUGAUAGUAACAAUUUAGAACUUCAUUUUUGAUAAUUUAACCUUAAUGAUAAUGAAAGUAAAUAGAAACUGUAUAUGUUGAUAAAGCUUGUGUUUUUUAAUCAAAAUUAUCUUAUAUAAUGUAUACGAAAUUUACCUUUCAGACAUACAAUAUACUAAAACUCACAAGAAAACCAGGAGCUAUUAUAUACUAUUAACUAUAUAAUUGGUUCAGGUUUUAAUUGGUUUGGAAACAGCAAGAACUGGUCUCCACCCAAUUAUAAUUGGGACACAAAAGAACAUUUUAGACUUGCUAUAUUCCCCUAACUUUCAACACAUCUCUGGCUACUUGUAAUCUGCAAAAUUUUCAGAGCAUCAUACAUCAUAUGACUGGGUGACCUGAAUGGGAAAGAAAGAACAAAAAAUUGAUCUGUUUGUACUAGUGAGGCUGUGUUCCCAUGUAAAAUAGAUAAUUAAAAUAUUUCAGAGUGAAAGUUUUUCCUUGCUUUUCCAGGGGUAUUGGCCUUUAAGGUGGGUAGAGGGGACAGAUUGAGUUUCUGGGAAGACUCUUGGUGUGCUGAGCUCCCCCUAACUGAGUUGUUCCCUCAACCUUUUCAGUGCUCAGAGAACCAAGAUGCCUUAGUUGCUCACUGUCUUAAGCUCCUGGGCAGUAAUGCCAUCUGGGAUCCACAUUUCAGGAGUUUUCAAGAUUGGGAAAUGGAUGGGGUGUUGGGAAUGCUUCAGCUGCUCAAGGAAUAGGCUGUAGAUACCAGCCAGGAGGAUGAAUGAAGGUGGAAGUGCAAUGGGGAUGGUCUCUUUUCUGUAAAAUCCAUGUCAUCCAGACUGAAUGACAGCAAUGGUGUUUGUCUUCCCCUUGAGCAGAUCUGAAACCCAGUCAGUCUGUCCAAGAUCAUCUUCUUAGUCUGGGCUAUGGUGUUGGACAAAUGUCUGGCGAAGGAGAAUGUGUCUAGGAGGGGUAUGCAGAUCCAGGAUACGAACUGUGGCUUAUGUGGGCAGGAAUUGGAGACUGUUGACCACCUGAGUAUUCACUGUAUGGCCUCUUCUCAAAUCUGGGGGCACUUGAUCGAAACCAUAGGGAUCUAUUGGGUCAUGCCACGUUCAGUAUAGCUACUUCAGUGUUGGAGCUUGCUGGUCCUGAACAAGAAGGGGAAGUGUGUACCCAUCCAUCCCUGCUGCUGUGUUAGGGACUGUAUGGGCUGAGAGAAACAGGAAAGUUCAGUAAAAGAGCUACUUUGGUGGUGGCUUGGGUCUCUGUUGCUAAAUAGUUUAAAGCUUUAAGCAGCAGAAUGUCUCUCUAUUGCUUAGCUCAAAAAGUUUGGUAUUUGUAAUCGGUUGUACCAUGCUUCUUGUUAAAAUUUUUUCUUAUCGUCUCUCAAAAAAAAAUCAGAAUGAAUUCCAGGUUUCAACCAAUUUCAGAAUGAAAAUUUUCCAUCUCAUAUUACAUUGAAACAAUCAAUAGAAACUUAACAGAAAAUUUUACAUGUAUCUGCCGAAAAGUGACUUAUUGGCCGUUUGAAAAUGACUGAAGUAACUGAACUGAAUUCUUGUUAUAUUAUCAUAUAAUGAUGUCAAAAUGGGUCAAUUUAGCAAAUAUGUAGGUUUAUUGUCAAAUUACAGGUUAAAAGCAUAGCUGUCAAAAUGGGUCAAUUUAACAAAGGAUCUGGUGCAGAAUUGGUUCUGCACAUUUACUUAUUGGGUCGAGACCAAGUCUACCCUGACCAGGACCAGACCUGACUAAAUGUAUUUGCACUUGCUUUUCUUGAUUUUUGAUAUACUUUCUUUCCAACUACAUUUGUUCAGUAAACUUGUUCUUCAUUUUUAACCAGCAAGCUGAGGACCUUGUGAUCUCUUAACUCCUUCCAGCUUGAUGUUGGUCCUUCCCAAUCCAACUUAUCUUCCUUUAUUUCAACAUCACUUUUGGUCCUUAGACUGAUUUGAUUACAGGCAACUAUUCUAGCAUUUUCAGCCUUAUAACCCUAUCUUAACCUAACCAACAGCACUUGCUUUCCCGUAGAUAUUCAUAGAAACCUUAUCUUUGGAUUCUAAUGACGUUUUCAGCCUCUUUGCUGGUGGUUCUGCAUCAGUCAUUCCCUAAUACAAAUUGAACCACCAUCUUCUCUGUGAUUACGAAUUCAAUUGACAACAGCUCAUAUAUGUUGACAGCUCGCUGCAAGUGAAACUGCCCAUCUUUGUGCAAGCAUCUUGGGAGAACUUGUUAAUUUUUCUAGAAUGAAUUUGGAGACAGUAGUGCAUAAUGGGGGAUGCCAUUGCAAACAAGUCAGAUGGAGAGUCCAAGCUCCAAGUAGUGUGGUUGCUUGGAAGUGCAACUGCUCCGAUUGUGCCAUGAGAGGCAAUGUUCACUUUGUAGUUCCUGCAUCAAGGUUUGAGUUGUUGGGAGAGUCCGAAAAAUUCCUCAUCACAUAUACCUUUGGCACACACACGGCGAAGCACAUUUUCUGCAACGUCUGUGGCAUAACAUCAUUCUAUGUACCACGGUCAAAUCCAGAUGGCAUUGCGGUGACAGUCAAAUGUGUAGACCCUGGGACACUGUCUCAUGUUGAGAUAAGGCAAUUUGAUGGGGUAAACUGGGAGACGUCCUAUAACCAGACAUCCAUUGCAUCAUGCUCUAAGCUGGAGACUGAAGCCAAAUGAAUCUCCACUAGAAGACAUGCAAAUUGGUUAGAAAAGUGUCAAACUGAUCGGGAGGUACCUAUCUUUGUUCCUGUUCUGAAAAGGAUUAUACCUUCUUAACUGGUGUUUGAGCUACAAGCACAAAUGUAUUUAUUGAAAUGAAAAACGAAACCGAUUCACCCCAAGCAUAUUGGAGAAUCACCUCUGGAGUGGGGGUUGGCAGUCAUAAUGUUAUGUGAGUAGUCAAGCUUAAAGAUUUUGUUGCAAAUCCUUCUCUUUUUGUAGAAAAAAUGUGUGACCUUAAACAUUAUGAACUUGACAUGAAACUCUGUUUCUUAAUAAACGACUACUGUUGAAUUUUGAUUCCUCUUA